AUGUCCCGCGUUGCUGGCAUCGUGUGCGCUGCCUCCCUGGCCCUCUAUGGUGCCAGCUGCUUCAUCGUGCCUACCACUCUGCCCAAGGGCGCACCUCUGACGGAGUCGGGCGCAGUGGUGGGACAGCCAAGCGCCAUCAACGGCACUCCCGAGUCAGCCUCCUGGAGCCCGCUCGCUGUCGGUGCAGCCUUGGGUCUUUUGAUCGCCGUGGCCACUGGCCGACCCGCUCUCGCCGCGGACUUGGAGAAUGGUGAGGCCAUCUUCAACGGCAACUGCACUGCCUGCCACGCCGGCGGAAACAACUCCAUUGUGGCAGAAAAGAAGCUUAAGAAGGAAGCUCUUGUCCAGUACGGCAAGUAUGACGUCCAGGCCAUCAUCACCCAGGUGACCAACGGCAACGGUGCCAUGCCUGCUUUCGGCGAGAAGCUGGGACCCGAUGACAUCGAGGAUGUCGCAAAUUACGUCUACAGCAAGGCUGACAAGUGGUGA